AUGUCCCGCCUGACGGAGGACGAGGACAUCCAGCGGAUGCUGCGGGGCUCCCUGCUCCGGAAGAUCAAGUCCCGGGGGGUGCCCAGGGAGCGGCUCUUCCGCCUGCAGGAGGAUGGGGCGACCGUCUGCUUCGAGGGGGGCUUCGGGCACGCUCGCUCCCAGCAGAGCUUCUCGGUGAUGCACAUCGAGGGGGUGCGCGAGGGACACCAGUCAGAGGGUCUACGCAAGUACGGUGCCGCCUUCCCCGAGCGGCACUGCUUCACCCUCGUCUUCAAGGGCAAGCGCAAGAACCUCGACCUGGCCGCCCGGGGCGAGGAAGAUGCCCGCCACUGGGUGCAAGGACUCACCAAGCUGAUGGGGCGGCUGCAAGCCAUGAGUCAACCAGAGAAGCUUGACCACUGGAUCCACGGGGUCCUGCAGCGAGCAGACAGGAACAAGGACAACAAGAUGUCCUUCCGGGAGGUGAAGAGCAUGCUGAGGAUGAUCAACAUUGACAUGGAUGAUGUCUACGCUUACAAGCUCUUCAAGGAGUGCGACCACUCGGGCAACGAGCGGCUGGAGGGCCGGGAGGUGGAGGAGUUCUGCCGACGGCUGCUGCGGCGGCCGGAGCUGGAGGAGCUUUUUGGGCGUUACUCGGGCGAGGACCGUGUCCUGUCGGCCGAGGAGCUGCGGGAUUUCCUACGGGAUCAGGGCGAGGACGCGAGCUUGCGCCAGGCCCGCGCCGUCAUCCGCGCCUACGAGCUCAACGAGAAGGCCAGGCAGCAGGACCUGAUGAUGCUGGAUGGCUUCAUGAUGUACCUCCUCUCGGCUGCUGGUGACAUCCUCAACCAGGAGCACACCAAGGUGCACCAGGACAUGAGCCAGCCCCUGUGCCACUACUUCAUCUCCUCCUCCCACAACACCUACCUGACCCGCAACCAGAUCGGUGGCACCAGCAGCACCGAAGCCUAUGUCAGGGCGCUGAUGGCGGGAUGCCGUUGCGUGGAGCUGGACUGCUGGGAGGGCUCUGACGGGGAACCCAUCGUCUACCAUGGCCACACGCUCACCUCCAAAAUCCUCUUCCGCGAUGUCAUUGAGAGCAUCCGUGACUACGCCUUCAAGCAAUCGCCCUACCCCGUCAUCCUGUCCCUGGAGAACCACUGUGGGCUGGAGCAGCAGGCCACCAUGGCCCGGCACAUGAAGGCCAUCCUGGGGGACAUGCUGCUGACGCAGCCGCUGGAGGGACAGGACCCCCAUGACCUCCCAUCCCCGGAGCAGUUGAAGGGGAAGGUCCUGGUGAAGGGCAAGAAGCUCCCAGAGCCAUGGCACGAGCCCCGGGGUGUCACCUCCCUUCCGGACCCCGAGGAGGAGGAAGAGGAGGAGGAGGAAGAGGAAGAGGAUGAGAAGCUGCAGGAGAGAAGCAGCCGGCGGGACGCAUCACAAGUGGCCCCAGAGCUGUCGGCUGUGGUAGUGUACUGCCAGGCUGUCCCCUUCCCCGGCCUGGCCCAUGCCCUGCGCCACCCCCGGCCCUGCGAGAUGUCCUCCUUCAGUGAGAGGAAGGCUCGGAAGCUCAUCAAGGAGGCGGGCCCGGCGCUGGUCCGGUACAACGCCCGGCAGCUCAGCCGCGUCUACCCGCUGGGGCUGAAGAUGAACUCCUCCAACUACAACCCCCAGGAGAUGUGGAACGUCGGAUGCCAGCUGGUGGCCCUCAACUUCCAGACGCCGGGCUACGAGAUGGACCUGAACGCCGGGCGGUUCCUGGGCAAUGGGUGCUGUGGCUACGUGCUGAAGCCCUCCUGCCUGCGCAGCCCCCCCGCUCUCCUGGGCCCCCCCACCCCGCGUCCCCCCAGCACCCUCUGCCCCCAGGUGAUCACGGCGCAGCAGCUGCCCAAGCUGAACAGGGAGAAGGGGAGCUCCAUCGUGGACCCCUUCGUGCGGGUGGAGAUCCACGGCGUCCCGGCCGACUGCAGCAGGCAGCAGACCCGCCACAAGCUCAACAACGGCUUCAACCCGCGCUGGGAGGAGACGCUGAGCUUCCAGCUGCGGGCGCCCGAGCUGGCCCUGGUGCGCUUCGUGGUGGAGGAUUACGACAGCACCUCCUGCAAUGACUUCGUGGGGCAGUUCACCCUGCCCCUGGCCAGCAUGAGGGAAGGGUAUCGUCACAUCCAUCUGCUCUCCAAGGACGGGGCGUCCCUGUCCCCCGCCACGCUCUUCGUGCACGUUCGAUGCAAGAGCCUGUGA